GACUUUUCGCAGUACGAAAACAAAGCGUAUCUAGCAGACCCCGGAGAAAACGAAGCAAAUAACCCCGGGUGGAAAGGAAAUCAGGAUAAGGAACAUUUUGAUCCUUGGGCUCCUCCCGAGCUUCAGGAUCUUGGACCAAAAUGGUCUGGUAAGUUUCGUUGCCUUCAGUCUGGUUGUAUUCUUCGUCUAACUUCGUCAUACCACAAAGUAAAAAAGUAAUAAUGAGUUAAAAAAUAAAUAAUUAUAAUCAUCUGUUUCAAAGGCCUCUUCAGUGGGGUUUAUAGUAGCGGGGAAAUUUUCGUCUUCAAAAUCCCGCGAGCUUUUAAUUAUAGGAAAUUUAUGUCAACAAUUUUCAAAGCACAAUAACAGGAUUCUAGAAAUUCAUGGGAAGUAAUUCUUCAGAACUUGCAAACUUAAUUGCCACAGCAAUAACGGAACUUCAUUCGAAAAGGGAAAUGCGUACGUGAUAUCAUAAAUGUAAUGCGAUGACUUGGUACUAUCGCCCAUCAGUCAAAAGGAGGACGCAUUAUCUUUCGUGCUAAGUGAUCAAAUAACAAGAAGUUAAGUUUUUAGCAUCAUCAUCGUAAUUUUAGUUGUAGUAUCAAUAUGGGGAAGGCAAAGUAUUUUAAAGCAGCUCAGUUACGGCUUAUUCAAAUAGAGUCACGCGAUAUAAGUUUCUGUCGAUUAACAAAGAAAAAAAGAAAAAAUGGAAGAAAAAGAAGAAAAACGGAAAUACUAUUUAAAUAAAAAGAAAUACCCGAAUAAAUUGUUGUCGUUAGCAUUAUUUUCCCUUUUUUGGCGUUUACUUUCUUAUCCUUUAGCAAGAAACUCGUUUCAACUAUCAAGAAGUGUUACAUACAGAGAACAACAACUGAUACAUAAUGCAAACGAGAAUAAUGUUUUCUUGUCAAUGCCGAUGUAACAAUGUGAAAUUAUAACCUCACAUCAAAUCACAACAGGGUUUACAAAUGCCUUGAAACCUGUUGCUAACAACAAUGCUUUACCAACAAUUGUGACUUCAGUACCGGAUCCGACACCUUGAGAUAAGGUGGGAGGGGGGGGGCGGCCUCCAAAAUAUUUUUGGAUCUGCUAUUGGACUUAUGAUUGAGUGAUCGAAUCUUUCUCUUUGCUGACCGACAGAGCUCGACUGCAGAGGAAAGUUUCUUCGCGUAGCUUUGGCUUUUACCAAAAUUGUCCUACUCCUUGGUCUUCUGUACUUGUUCAUCUGUUCGUUGGAUUUCCUAAGCAGUGCCUUUCGCCUGUUGGGAGGAAAAGCAGCUGGCGAAGCCUUCGCUUCCAAUGAAAUUCUCAGCAACCCCGUGGCUGGCCUUAUGAUUGGCAUCUUGGCAACUGUUCUUGUUCAAAGCUCGUCCACUACAACUUCCAUCGUGGUAUCAAUGGUGGCUGCUGGCAGUAAGUUUAGUUUGUAUUUUACAACAACAAUGUUGCAUGGUUUUGGAAGAUAUUUACCAGACUUUACAGUAAUUUAUAUAACGUUUUAGCGCGUCCAAUAGCUUCCAAUGGUCACAUAACUGAAAAGAAUUUCAGCAUUUUUAAAAUCAACGCUGUGUAAGCAGACGGUUUUAUUGAUUUAUGGACCAUAGUUUCGCCAUAGAGGAAAAAACCUCUAUAUUUUGUCACUCAUCGAAAAAGCAAUACAACACACUUAUUUUGAGUUGAUAUUAGCCUGGUAGCCAAUGACCAAAAAGCUGGGGUUUGUGCGGCUUGAAAUGUGCAAAAGCAGAGAAGUCAAUUGAAAAGUCUGUUCCUUGUUUGCUUUUCUUCCAAGCAUUUCAUUAAUCAGUUUUGUCACAAAACCAAGUUUCAGAAAUGGAUACUAAGUUAGAUUCCCUUUGUCGCACAUUUUGUUUUUGGAGUUUCCUAGGGUAUUCUUCAUUCUGUUUAACAUUUUUCCUUCUGGAUUUGUACUAUUUCAAAUAUAAGGCAGAAAUUUUGAUUGGAAAAUGAACGAGGAGCAUAUAGAGAGCUGUUCUAAAAUCUAACCAAGGUAUACGAUUGGUCGCAAUAAAGUUCCGGACCCUUGCGUUUUAUUUACCAAUUAAUGUAUUGAAGCAAGUUCCUGAUCCUUUCUAUUGUGUAAUAUCACAGUUCUAAUUUAGUUGCCAUUUAAACAAACAGUGAAUCAGCCCGUGGUCUGUCGAUCCAGCAAUUAGAUCCAUUAACGAUCGUAAAAACAAAUUAAACUGGAUUUCUCUGAUUGGGCCAAUUUAACAAUUGAUUUGUUUAGAAAAACGAGAAAAGCAUGUUUUGAAAAUGUAUCAAGCGUGGAGAAAGCGGGUUAUGGUUUCGUGGACACAUUAAGGGGAGGUUAAUAAGCGUACAGCCAGGGGGUAGCCAGUCCAUAGACCUGUAGGCCUGGGCCCACAAAUUUUUGGUUUGAUCACUCUACCGGCGAUUGUAAUAAAUUAUGCAUUUUUGGGUUGAGCUAAAAAGCUCAAUAGCUCAAAGUAUUGGUGACUUCAAUGCGUACUAGCCAUGCGUCCAAUUUUCAGGAUAUGUGGAAAUGAAAGUCAGCCAGGCUUACAACUAGGCGAAAAGCUGGCUACGCCCCUGACAGUUACGUUUUUCACUUCAGAAAUCCUUAAAUGUAGCUUUUAAUAUGUUUGCAACAUGCGGCUUGACUUUGUAAUUCUUACCCCUAAAACUGCAAACAAACUGUGGAGCGUCAAAUAGAUAUUAUUAUACGGGCUUUACUCUUGCACUUGUUGGUGAACAGAAACUACAAUUUGAACCAUAGCAUCAUACCACCUCUAAUCACUCUCUGAUCACGUGCGUCAGUCUUCAAAAUCUACAAUUGUCUCUUCCGUCCAAUUGUUAUGCUCUAUCAAGCAACAAUUGUCGCGGCUUGUUGCACACUCACACACUCAUCAACUCUUUACGAUAAACAGUUCGUUAUCACACGUUAAAAUAACAACUGGUUAAAGUAUUUUCAAAAUAUCCCAAAUUCUUUCGCCAUAUACCUAGUCCCUGGACCUCAUGAUCACUUUUUUCUUUCCCAAUCUUCCUCCGAAUUCCAUAAUAAAAUACAGAGAAAACAUACGGCAUGCCUGAGGCGCUCGCUCCCUCAUGAAUUAGCCAUUUUACUGAAGUUCAGCUUGUUGUGUCGAAUGUUAUGUCCGUUGCGACAUAACUGAUUGUUUGGUCACGUUGCCAUGGUAGCAAAAUUUCUGGAUGACAACAAACCGAAAACGUGAAUUCGCACUGUUUCAAACUUCAUCGAUCUUAUUCAUUUUCAAUUAAUUUGUCAAAUGUUGGCGAAGUUCUCUGGGGUUGAAUUCGAAAGGACCGUAUCUAAGUUAAGAGAAAGAACAAGAAAAAUAUGAAAAAAAAACGUGAUGCACGUACAAAGUUGUUGCUUUGCUACUCUAAACCUAGUAAGCCAGUUAUUUAAACGGAGUUUAGCCAGUGUCUAACAAAACCUCGUUCUGUUUUCCUUACGCUUUUAUCCUAAAACUAUUCAUCGUGAAAAGUUGCUUGAAGGCAUGAGGCGUAGACUAGAAAUGGCAUCUGUCUUCUUAAAAUAACCAUUUAAGGACAAGAUCUGGAGGUCCAAAGAUUUGCUAAACCGCGCGUGGCCUAAGUUAGACUUCGCUUAAAUAACUGACCCAUUGUUUUUUGCCGUUCUCGUUGCUGUCGCCGUAGUCGUUGCUUAAGCUCCCUCUGACCUGACGUCACACUUCUCCUCUUUGUUGUGUUGUGUCGAAUUGCAUUGUGGGACUGGUUUGGGGGACGAAUUUUGAUCCAGUUUCCUGCGAAUCCUCAUAUCCCGUUCAAAAGUAAAUGAAACCUGGCUUUUCGGGUCGUUGAAUUGCAACAUUUCUGGGAGCAAAGGAACAUGUGGACAGGUAGUCCUGUUUUUCCACACGGAAUGUUCCUAGCAGAAAUUUGCGUUCCAUUUAUUAAAGCCCAUCUUUGAUACCGGUUUCAGGCUUUCUCGGCCGUUUUUCGAUAACAGCCCGUGUAAAUGGUAAGCACGAUUCUGGAACAAAAUUUACCCCCGCUGAUUUUUACUUAGCAAUUGCCCAAACCAUGAACCGACCGGUUUGCCCAUGUAACAGGUAAACUAGUAGCUCCCAAACGACCAAAACAGUCUCAAAAAGUGAAAUUCAUCACCGUUACAGCAUCAGCCCUUAAAAAUGAUGUUUUCACCACUGUCUCGACAGUGAGAUUUGAAACUAGAAUUUUCGCAAAAUGAUGUUUUCACCACUGCACUGGAAUUUUCGAUUCAGUUUCCUGUUUAAAUACUAAAAUACGGUUAACAAUGGACGGAACUUAUCGGUUUUCCUUAUUGGGCUUCUUUAGUGAACAUUUAAUUCAAUAGACCUUAAUUUCGCACAAGUAGUUUUGAAUGCAACUGAUUACAGUAAGCCUUUUACAACAGUUAUAAGGGAAUAAUAGGUCGCAUAGGAAUGAAGCAAAGGAGCGCAUAGUUAGUCCCUGGCAUUCUUGUUAAUUUUUUGCGGACUCCUAAAUAGCAAUCGCCAGAAUAUCUAUAAAGACCCUUGUUGGGCAAAUAUAAUUGACACCCUUAUGCUAGGGUUACCUCUGUUUUCAAACGUAUGUCUGGUAUUUAUGAAUAGUGAUAGAUUAACAGAGGGCUUUACCUUUCAGUUGUGGAUGUUAAGCCUGCCAUUCCAAUCGUAAUGGGAGCGAACAUUGGAACAUCAGUCACCAACACCAUUGUCUCCUUGGCUGAAGCUGCCGAGCGAAAUGAAUUCCGUCGUGCCUUUGCUGGAGCCGUCGUGCACGAUCUAUUCAACUGGUUGUCUGUCAUUGUGUUUUUGCCCCUGGAAGUAGCUUCCGGCUACUUGCGCCGACUAACUGGUGAGAUCAUUGACUCUCUCAGUCUCAAAACAGAUGAAGGUGUCAACCAAAAGUUGUUGAAAGCAAUAACGGAGCCAUUUACCAAGCUUAUUGUUCAGUUGGAUAAAAAAAUCAUAACGAAUAUUGCCCUUGGAGACCAAUCUGCUGAAUCAAAGUCUCUAAUCAAAAGUUGCAAGCCGAAAACUGUCAUUGAGGUGGUCAAUGAGACUGACUGGGUCGAUCAUGGUAAUACAACUUAUACAACUUAUAAACUUGUGAACGAGUCGUCUACAACAGAUCCUUCCUGCUUCCUUUUUGCAGACACUUCACUGAGUGACACAGAAGUUGGUGUCAUAAUCCUGGUGAUAGCUAUCUUUCUUCUUUGUGUCUGUCUUAUACUAAUCAUCAGAAUCCUUCACUCCAUGCUUCGCGGUCAGUUGGCCAAGAUUAUCAAGAAGACCGUCAACGCAGACUUCCCAGGGCCGUUCAAGUAUUUCACUGGUUACUUUGCCAUCUUGGUUGGUGCUGGGUUAACAAUGUUGGUUCAGUCCAGUUCCAUCUUCACCUCUGCCCUUACACCUCUUAUCGGUGUCGGAGUGGUGUCUCUUGACCGCGCCUUUCCACUCACUUUGGGUGCAAACAUCGGAACAACUGUAACGGGCAUUCUGGCAGCCCUGGCAAGUUCCUCAAACUUGGACAAAGCUCUCCAGAUUGCCUUCUGCCAUCUGUUCUUCAAUAUUUCUGGUAUCAUAUUGUGGUAUCCAGUCCCUUACGUUCGCAAAUUGCCUAUCAACACGGCAAAAUUCCUGGGCAACAAAACUGCUGAGUACCGCUGGCUUGCCUUGGUUUACCUGAUUUUUAAUUUCUUCCUCCUUCCUGCAGCUAUAUUUGGCUUGUCAUUGGCUGGUUGGCAAGUCCUGGUUGGUGUUGCCGUCCCAAUUGUUCUCCUCUUGCUCUUCAUCAUCAUUGUCAACAUCCUUCAGAGGAAAGCCCCAGAUGUUUUGCCAGAGGCUCUCCAAGAUUGGAAAUGGCUACCAAAAUGGACACGAUCAUUGGAGCCUUAUGAUCGUGUGUUUCAAAAAUUGGGUGGACUUAAACGAUAUUGCUGCUGCGGUAGAGAUCGGGAGGACUAA